AUGUGUGGGAAGAGCUUCUGCGAGCGUGCCAGCCUGAUCAAGCAUCUGAGGAGCCAGAUGCUGGGGGAACGGCCCUACGUGUGUGAGGAGUGUGGGAAGAGCUUCAUCCAGAGCUCCCACCUGAUUGUCCACAUGAGGAGCCACAAGGGACAGAGGCCCUAUGGGUGUGGGGAGUGUGGGAAGAGCUUCAGCCACAGCUCCCGCCUGAUUGCCCACCUGAGGAGCCAUGCAGGGAAGAGGCUCUAUGAGUGUGAGCAAUGCAAGAAGAAGUUCCUGACCAGUGCCUACCUCCACCUGCACCAGUGGAUUUACAAAGAGGAGAUGCUCUUCUGCUGCCCUGACUGUGGGAAGGGCUUUAACCAAAACUCCAACCUCAUCAGGCAUCAUCGCAUCCACACUCGGGAGAGGUCCUACAAGUGUCCCCAGUGUGGAAAGAGCUUCUCACAGGGUUCAACCUUGACCAGACACCAACGGAGCCACCGGUAA